AUGAAUAGUCACAAUAAGGCUGAUGGAUUCGAGCGUCGUCUGGAGCUCUACCUCAUGGAGAACUUUAAGCACGCUUUUGACAUCGAGUCAUAUGUAUAUUAUACGCAAAUUAUGCAGGCGGAGACCUUGGCCUCUGCUUACCGUCUCUGGAGGCGAGAAUGGCGUGGACCGAACAAGGAGUAUGUCGGUGGCGCUCUAGUGUGGCAAGUCAGUAUUUCAAACGAAGUUUUGGUAAUAGCGGGAACUGAUGUAGGAAUGACAAGGAAACCUGUCAAGACAUUCACAGCUCCUGACAGUGUUGCCUACUUUACCAUUUCAUCGAGGUUGGAAGUUUGGGGUACUAACUCUUAUCCAACUGAGAGGAAGGUCUGCCUAGAAAUCCACGCUUUUGAUGUGGAAGCUGGUCAGCCUGUACAAGUCACAGAGGAGGGUCUUCAAGAUGGCAAGAAGGUUGUCACUCUCGCUCCCAACGCCACCACUGAGCUCUGGAAAGGAAAGACACCUGGUGUUGAAGACGUGCACGUGGAAGGAAUGAGAAGUAAACCCAUUGUCAUCCAAGCCCGCUUGGUUGACAUAGACACACAUGUGGUCUUGGCGAGGCCUGAGCCCUUCAAAUACAUUCACUUCCCAACUAAGAAGGAGGUCAAUCUCCAGAUCGUGGCAUCUGCUGUCAGUAGCGGCGCGGAAGGCUUAGGGUACCAGACACUGCAAAUCUCUGCGGACAGGCCCGUCAAAGGACUCGUGUUUGACGUUGAUGGUCCUUGGGCAAAAUUCUCCGACCAAGCCAUUGACGUCUUCCCUGGCGACACACAGACCGUUGGAGUGGUUGGGUUGGAUGGGCGUACCGUCAAAGCCAGAUAUACUUCAACACUUGCCUUUUUGCUCGAUGUUUCGACCUUUCUGCGCCCAACUGUUCCAGCUGCCAUUGUGUCAUGGAAAGAAAGCAUGGCAGCAACAGCGGCGAGCAAUAUGCAAGAGGCGGACGAUGCAACCUAUUCCGUCUCCGAAGACCAUAUCUGGUUGGCCACCAUGCUCUAUUCAACGCUCCAGAAGCGCGUACGGCCUGAGCAACCCGGGUAUAUGGGAGUAUUCCCGUCACCUAUGCAGCAAAUGACUAAGCUGCAACACCCCCAACACCCUAUGCAAAUGCAGUUUGCACAACAGCAACAAGCAAUGCCAUUCCUCCAGCCACAUGGUGUUCAGAAUCUGCACCAGUUUGGCGCCCAAACUUCUCAUCGCCACAAACCGAGAUACGAAACGGAAGACG